UUGUCUCUAAUAUUUUCUCAGAGUAAGGAAUCAGUCUAUGAACAUGAGUGCGGAAAUAUGCCAGGGUUUGCUGUUUAUUACAGAUACCCGAACAGCCAGCGUGUCACAUUUGGACAAUUUGUGAAGGUACACUGGAAAUGGAGUGGAAGAAUCACACGGCUUUUGAUCCAGUGUCUGGAGUCUAACGAGUAUAUGGAGAUUCGUAAUGCCCUAAUUAUGUUAACAAAAAUAUCUGGUGUUUUCCCAGUUACUCGGAAAACUGGGAUAAACCUUGAGAAACGGGUAGCCAAGAUUAAAAAUGAUGAACGAGAGGACCUUAAGGUCUUAGCAACUGGUGUUGCCGCAGCUCUGUCUGCAAGAAAACCACAUUGGGUUACAGAUGAAGAAUUUAGCAUGGGCUUCCUUGAACUAAAGGCCCCGCCAGUACAUGCUCCAAAACAUGCUUCUUCCCAGAAUGGCUUGUUAAUUGGUGUCUCCCAUGGUGAACCAACUGGGGAAAGAGCAAGUGUUAACCAGCAGACUGAGUCUGGUGGAUUGGUCAAGGACCAGUUAUUGAAAACUAAACCUCUAGAUGGAAGAUCGGACAGUUUAUCUUCAAAAUCUGAUCAAGGAAAUCUUAAAUCAAAGGGGGGCAAUCCAUUGGAUGCCCAAUCAUCCAUGUCUAAGAAAUCAGUGGAACAAAAGGAAACAGAUGAAACACCCAAAAUAUCUGAUGAAAAUCCUGUCAAAGCUGCUUCAAAGUAUUCUGAAACCGAGUUAAAACCUUCCUCUAAACGAAGUGCAUCAGUGAACAAAUCUACAAAGCAAGAUUUUGGAAAAGAUGAUGGAAAGUCCGGUAAAGCUGGUGGAAGAACAUCCACAGCUGAAAAAGAGCUUAUUUAUUUGGAGAGCAGGCAAUCAGGUUUGACCAAAUCUAUUUCCAGCACAGCAGCCAAUGGUAGCAUAGCUUCUGGUUCGUCCAAAGUAAAAGACGACGGUGCUGAAGCUUCGGAUGCACAAAAGCAAUCUUCUCGGACUGUUCAUUCCCCUCGGCAUGAAAUCGUCUCUUCUGUGAGAUCGAGUGAUAGGUUACAGAAACGAACUAAUGCUGUUGAAGAUAGUGAGAGAAUAAGUAAACGUCGUAAAGGAGAUGCUGAGCACAGAGAGCAUGACAGUGAGCCUCGAUCAAAUGAUCGAGAUAGAUCAACAGACGCUCGGUUGGAUUUAAACAAAACAGUUACUGAUGACCAAAGCACACAUAGGGAUCAAGAUAGAUCAAAGGAUAAGGGUAAUGAAAGACAGGACCGAGACCAUAGAGAAAGAGUUGAGCGUUCUGAUAAACCUCGCGGAGAUGAUGUAGAGAAAGCAAGAGACAAAUCUUUGGAGCGUCAUGGUAGAGAGCGAUCUGUUGAGAAGGGUCUAGAUAAAGGAACAACUAGGAGUUAUGAUAGAAACAAGGAUGAAAGAAACAAAGAUGAUAGAAGCAAACUGCGUCAUGGUGAGGCAUCACUAGAGAAAUCUCAUUCUGAUGAUCAUUUUCAUUCUCAAGGUUUACCCCCACCUCCACCUUUACCACCUAACAUCGUUCCACAUUCUAUGGCUGCAAAAGAAGACCUCGAAAGAAGGGCUGGAGGUUCAAGGCAUUCUCAGAGGCUUUCCCCGAGGCAUGACGAAAGAGAGAGACGACGCUCUGAAGAGAAUUCAUCAGUUUCUGUGGAUGAUGCAAAACGUAGAAGAGAUGACGAUUUCCGUGACCGAAAGCGAGAUGACCGAGAAUCAAUCACUGUGAAGGGUGAAGAAAGAGAAAGAGAAAGGGAAAAAAGCCUCCCUCUGAAAGAGGAUUUUGAAGCAUCCAAGAGAAGGAAGCUUAAGAGGGAGCAACAGGUUUCAUCUGCUGAGCCAGGGGAAUAUUCUCCCAUGCCACCACAUCAAUCCUCUUUAUCGACUGGUAUGGGACCAUCAUCGUACGAAGGCAGAGAGCGAAAGAGCAGUAGUAUGAUUCAACACGGAGGUUAUCUUGAAGAGCCAAGCAUCAGACUUGUUGGAAAAGAAGCUUCCAGCAAGAUGGCUCGCCGUGAUCCUGAACCAAUGUAUGACCGUGAAUGGGAAGAGGAGAAGAGGCAGAGAGCAGAACGGAAGCGGAGAGAUCGGAAGUAGACUGAUGAAUUCGCAGAUACUUGGGUUUGUUCAAUGAAGAGAGAGAGAGACAAAUGGCUGGUAUUGAACACUGCAUUUGUUGUACACGUACUGUUAACCAUUCCAUGGCCAUGCCGUCUACUUUGUCAUUUGGUUUCUGCCGAGUUUGAUAUGACUUGCAAGACUUUAGAUAUACGCUCAUGCCAAACUCGCAAUUUUCUUUUUUCGUUUUUCAGAUUUUUGUAUGGAGGAGCAUGUAAAACAGUAGCUAGCGAGGGAAAUUGAAUAGUGGAACAAAAUAUCGAAUUUUGUUUUAGGGUUUU